AUGAAAGGUUUUUGCUAUUAGGUGACUUUGCAAAUAAGCAAAGUAGAACUAUCAAUAAAGUUUCCUUGUACAUUGCAAGUAAUGUGGAAGCGAGGUCAAAAUAAAUGUGUAACAAAAGCUAAAGAGAAAUCCAAAAAUAUCUUUAUUGUGAAUGAAAGUCUUACAUAAGAAUUUACUAUAGGGGACAAUGCUCCAAAAAAGAGUUUCUUAGUUGUUUUACUUAAUGUCUAAGGUCAAUCUAAAUUGGCUGGAGUGGUUAACUUUGAUAUUAAUGGAACAAUGGCAAGUGAAGGAUAAUGUGUAUUGAAUUUAGAUAGAAGUCCUGAUUCAAAUGCUAAAAUACACUUUGCUUAUCAAAUACUCAAUUUAGGCGAAACUGAUUAUACUGAAAGUAGAAUAAAUGAAUCAUUUAAUCAGAGAUCUUUGGGGGAAUCUUUUGGUUUAGAUAAGGAGAAUUAGAAUUCGAAAGUCAACUCACUAAAAAUAUCUAAUUAUGAUAACUAAUUGAAUAAAGAAUUAUAUGAAAAAAGUCUAAAGGAUCUUGAUUAAUCUAAAUAGAAGAUUUCUAAUCUUUAGGAGUAGAUCAAAAAAUUCGAGGAGGAGAAAUCAGUAUUAAUUGAGGAAAUUAAGUCUCUUAAGAAAAAUAAUAUAGAGUUGAGAAAUGAGAAUGAAUAUUUAGAAAAGUAAAAUGAAAAUUAAAAGUAAGAAUUGCAAUAAUCAAAAGAGAAUGAGUAUUUAGUUAAUUAAUAAAAAGUAAAAUUGGAAUAAUAGAAUCAUGAAGUUCAAAAUUAAAAGCUUCAAUAUCAAAUUCUUUAAAAUAAAUAUUAAUAGAGUAUGUAAAAACUUAAAUCUCUGGAAGAAUCAAAUGAAUUUAAUAAAUUCAAUAAAGUGGAAAGAUCAACGAAUACUAAGGUUUUAGAGAUUCCAGAAUUUAUUGAACAAAAUUAAACUAUCAAAUAAUUAGAUGAAUAAUUAACAGACUAUAAGAGAAAACAUGAGAAAUUGAUAUUUGAGCAAGAAUUUACUUAAAAUAAACUCAACACUGUAGAAUAAGAUUUAUCUUCAUUACAAGUUUAAUUCCUAAGUUUGUAAAAGCAAUUAGAGAAACAGAAAGACUAAUGUAAUCAUUUAGAGAUUGAGAAUUCACAAUUAAGAAUGCAGAUUAAGGAAUAUGAGGAAGAUAAAGUAUCAAAAGAACGAAACAAUAAAAAGAUUUAGAGCGAUCAUGAAAAAUAGAUUGAUAAUCUUAAGGAAUAGUUACAAUAAAAUCAAGAUUAAUUUGAGUAAAUGAAAGAGAAGUAUUUGUUAUAGAAAGAGAAAAUAGAGAAAUUAAAUGAUGUAAUUAAUCAACAAAAUGAUGAACUUACGAUAUAAAGUGUGAAUUUUCUGAGGGAGAUAUAAAUGAUAGCAAAGAAAUAAGAGUAAUUUGGAAUAGUUUGA